GUGUCUGUCUGUUUUGAGACAUUGGCGUGAACACAAAACCCACAUGUAGUUUGAACUUACGCCAUGCUUCGGGGAGACUGCUAGCAUCUCAAUCCAUAAGAGGUAUCUCCAUGCGCCUGGGUUCCACAGUCAGGGCCUGAUCACAGAGGAGCCUCUUGCCAUCUCCGUGCUCCUUUGUUAAGUGUCCCAAUUGGAGGCAGCUGUCUCUCGGGACCUCUCAUCGGGGACCCAAAAACGGGAAGGAGCAGCUCACAACGUUGGAGAAAAUCCGGCAAGUGAUUGACGGGGUAUGGACUCCCUGCCCAGCAGAUCCAGACCUCCUGUCUCAACGGCGUCCCCAAAAAGCAGCCCCUAGAAGACCCAAGACAUUUCUGUGGGAUCAGUCGGCUCGGUGGGGAGAACAGACCCUGCCUCAUCACUCGCAGGGGCCUCACAAAUGUGGAAAAAUAAGUACCCCUUGAGGUUCCAAGGCAAGUCCCCUCCUGACCGGUAAUGGGGGAAGAGAGAGUGAAGGGUGACACACCUCUCUCCACCUACCAGCCGACAACAUCCGCCAGCAAGGGUCAGGGAGGUAAGGCAGGGUUUGGAGAGGCUGCUGCCACCUUGGGAUCUCUCCGACCUUCGCUGCCAGGGUUGGCCCCUCGUGGCCUGUCUCUGACGAUCCUCUGUGACAUGACCUCAGUACCGGUCUCAUGCGGCCGGGGUCCCACACCUACCCCACUCGCAGAGGGGUGGGAUGACAAGCCGUUACCAACACCGCCUCCAGAGUGGCUCGACCGGGGGUUCCUGCUUCCUCCCCCAGAUGGGUGGGACAACAAGCUGCUACCAUCGCCGUCUCCAGCUCCCCCGGCGCUUCCUGCUCCCCGGACUCCUCCUGCUCUGGCACCCCAUACUGGUUUGGGGGCAGAGCUUCCUCUCACUCUGGCGCCCUGUGUGAAUACCGGGGUGGAGCGUCCUCCUACUCCGGCGUCCCGUCCUUAUUCAAGGGCGGAGCUUCCUCCCUUCCUCCCUUCGCCUCGUCCUCUCGCUCUGGCGCCCUGUGUGGAUAUGGGAGCGAAGCCUCCACCUGUCCCGGCGCCACUUCUUUCUCUCGAAGCGGAGCCUCCACCUGUCAUGGCCACUCGUCCUGCUCCGGGGUGGAGCCUCCACCAGCCCCGGCACCCCACCCUCCCCCCCUUGGUUGGUCCGUUCCUGCGGUCCAGAGCCCGCGCCUUGGGUGGCUACUGUCAGGUCCUGGCUGGGGUCCUCUAGGUAUCUCCAUGCCCCUGGGGACCACAUUCAGGGCCUGAUCACAGAGGUGCCUCUUGGAUAAGUGUCCCCAAUCAGAGGCAGCUGUCUCUCGUUGCCUCUGAUUGGGGACCCUAUUUCAGUUGCCUGUUUUCCUCAGUUUGUGGUUGAUUGUUUGUGUUCAGUUUGGCGCAUCAGUUCUUGGUUGUACCUCUUGUUAGUUUCCUUUUGUUGUUCUGUUCAGUUUGGAAGAAGGAAUUAAAGGGCGAUUAAACAACCUCA